GAUAAGAUAAGUAACGAACAGAUGUGUUAAUCAUAGUGUUUGGUGAGAAUAUACAUAAAAUAAGUGCUGAUAGUGCAGUGUUUGAUUAUUGAGUUCAAGGAACGGAUGGAUAUUAAAUUGACGCUGGUGCUUUGAAUUAAUAUAUUUAAUUCAGCGAUGGUUAAGAAGUAAGGAUAAUUUUAUUUAAAACUGAGACCGAAAAAUCGGAUAUAAAAAACACGAUGGAUUGUGAUUCAUGUUCCGGAACUCCUCCGGAGUUUUUGCUACCACCUCCUCCACUACCGCCUUUUAUGGCCUUUGAUUUUAAGGAUUCUUUGUGUGCAGCAGACUUCCAAAAUGAAGACAUGUGUGCUAGUCUUAUGUAUUUGGAUUCUUCAUACCAUGCAAAUCUGUCUUCACGAAUUUCAACCAUAAUCGCAGUCUGCACUGGAGUUGUAGUCGUAUUUGCAAUUUUGGGAUUACUAGUCAUUGCCAAAUGUCGUCAAAACAUGGCAUUCAAGAAGAUGAAUUUAUACAAGAACCAAAGCAUGAUGCCAGCAGACCAAUGUGUCUACACCAAAAACAACAAUACAAAUGUGUCGAAUUAUUAUGAAGACAUCCACGAAGCACAACACAUUAUGUAUCACAACAUGACGGCUAUUCCCACAUAUCAUCGACCUAUAAUAAAGCCUGUGGCGAUCCAUUACUACCCAAAUAGCCUGCAUCGAGUAGACCGCAGACAACCCGCAUACAUUUGUCGGAGUGUCGCCAGAAAACCUCAAAAUCAUUAUGAAGACGAACCUCAGUAUCAGCUUAAUCGCCAACCACAAUUCCCAGAAAAUAUUCAGCCUGCGAAUGAUACACCGAGGUAUCAGGAUGCAGCAAACCAGGAGGAGUUCGAAGACAAUCCUGGACCGAUUUACGAAGAGUUGGAUGACAACAAUAAAGUCAACUAUGAGGAUAGUGAGAGCGGACAAAGAGAAAGUGAGGACGAUUUUGCUGAGGAUGAGCUCAGUUCUGUAGAAUAUAAAUAUCCUGUUAGUUACUACAUGUCAGAAACUCUGCCUUUGAAUCGUUCAAUCGCUUCCCAUCAAUAUCAUCAUCGACAGCCAGAAAAUCACGUACAGAACUCAAAUCCAAACUGUUGUCACGUAAACGCAUUCCAGAGAUACCCGAGUUCCCAGAACAAUUUUGGCAAUUCCAGCCGAUAUUUCAACAAUCCUAGAAUCCAAGGUCAGAAGAAAGUACAACCAGAAGAAAUUACAAGUGACCUCGAAUGUGCAAGAAGUGACGAUUCUGAAAAUUGUGAAAUAAACACUCAAAGUGAUAAAAAAAUUAUGAAAAACACUCACUCAAGUGCGAUAAGUGUACAUUCUGUAAAAAGUGCCCCAAGGGAAUCAAAUUUUGGUGACGAACUUAAAUCGUCAAGAUGUCAUAUUAUUAAUGAGGACAAUAGUGAUAUCAAAGUUGGUUGGAAACGUGGUAUUUUAUUACCAGAUACUAGUCUGAGGUUCCAUCAAAGUGGUAUGCAGUCAUUGCCUUAUGCAAUUUCAAGAACUGAUGCUGCAAGACGAUCAAAUUUAAAUGUUUCACAUACUUAUUUCAAUAGACCAAGAUGUGAAAAUGCACAGGAUUCAUCUUUUGGUUCUGACAGUGGUUAUAGUAAUCACACCCAAAGCUCGUACACACGAAAUAUCAAAUAA